AUGUUUAACGCAACUCAUCUUCCUGUAGAUAUUUUUUCACUAAAAAGAAAAAAAGAGUCAGAUAGUGAGUUGGAUAUUGAUCAAGAAAUUGAAAAUAUUGAAAAUUUAGACAUGCAAAGUAACUUGAUUAAUAAAAUUUUACAAAAUGCGAUAGGUAAUAAAAUAACAGUAGAGAAAGAUGCUAAAUUAGCAAUAAAUAGAUCAUUAACAACUUUCAUCAGAUUAAUAACCAAAAGAGCCAACAUAAUUGCUAAAAAACGUAGUCAUAAAAAUAUAUCUACAAGUGAUAUUUUUGAAGCAUUAGAGGAAUCAUUUAAAGAAACACAAAAACAAAAGAAAACUAAUCAUCAUAAAAAUGGACCUCCCGAAUCUUCAAUUGUAUCACAAUCACCUCCUGAUAAUGGUGUUAUAGUAUUAUUAGAAUCCAAUAAUACCUUUUUAUUAUCAUCAUCAGAUUAUAAUAAUAACAACAAUGAGGGUGAUGACAAAACAACAAUUAAGGGUGAUAAUAAUAUUGAUGGAAAUGAAAGUGGAGGUGGCGAUAAUCCUUCUUCUUCUGCUGCAUCUAUGGAAUCUGUUGUUGAAUAUUUUGGAGGAAAUAAUAGUAAUCCUAUUGUAUUAGUGGUAGGUGAUAAUAAUAAUUAA